AUGGAUACCUAUCGUUUAAGCGGUGCAGCAACCCAGAAGAAAGCUUUAUCAUUUGAACGACGCAACAUGUUGCACAGAAUAAUGGAAAACCGGUACGAGCAGAAACCAUAUAAUUUGCUUACUGAGAGAUAUAAAUCUCAAAGUAGGGACAUCGGAAGAAAUCUAUAUUCUGCAAAAUCAAGAAUAAGAAGCUAA